AUAGUAGUAUUUUCACUAUUUCCAAAUUGUGUUACAAUGCUGAGCCUGAAAAAAUAGAACAAGUUUUGAGCUCUUAAAAAUUAAGUAUUUUUUAACAGGCUGGUAGACAUGAAGAUUGCAUGAUUUAUGGUCUAAGGUUCAUUUGAUGCAAUAUUUUAUUGGAAACUAUUGUAAAAAUGAGGAUUACUUGUGGGGGCUUGCUGUUUUUUUCUGACUUCGAUUCUGGUAAUCUUGCUAAAGUCGAACAAGUUUUACAUGAGUCAACAACAUCUUGCAGUUCCAGUCCUUUGAUAUCACCUUUUGUCCAAACAGAAACUGAUGAAGAUCCGCUAAACCAUUGGGAACCUCAAACUAAGAAUGAUUUCCCUACUUUCUGCAACAAAGAUUUUGAACAACAAGCAAAAAAUCAACAGACUUGUGUACAUAAUAAUCAGUCUUCACUGUUAAGCAACAAAAAAUCUGUUGACCAUAAAACAAACUCCUGCUCAACCAAGGCACAUUCUGUUCGUAAUUGGGGAACUGGAGGUAAACAAAAGUCUUCAAACACUGACAGUAAUGGUGAAAAAGUAACAAACUCAUCUAGUUCUAUAUCCAAGGAAAUUGUAGACCUCGAGUUCAAUGUCUGGACAAAGCCAGACUGUGCUGGAUAUCCAUAUGAAAAUGGAAACAGGACUUGGUUUUACUUUGGAGUUCAGGGAGGACCACCAGGAAUCACUGUUUGUAUUAAUGUAAUGAAUCUAAAUAGGCAGAGCAAGCUUUUCAGCCAGGGGAUGGCCCCAGUAUAUCGAGUUGUUCCUGGGAAGGCAACAUGGCAGAGAAUCCCUAACAAGCCUUCUUACACU